ACCCAUCCAUUCUCACGCCAACCCCGCCCCCCGGCGAUCGCUCUCGCCGCGCUCGUCGCCAAGCUUCAUUCGCCUCCCCGGCCCGGCCCAGCCCCUGGCCGCGCCGAGCCACACGCCACCGCGCCACUUGCUCGCGGGCGCGCCGAAGCUUCGUCGUCUCCGUCGUCGCUGUCCCGGCCUGUCUCCCGUGCCCCUCCGCCGCAUAUAGUGGUCGCCGCGUGUGUGAGAGCGAGCGUGCGUGCGUGCCCGUGGGUCGGCGCCGGCGAGGAGGAGCAAUGGCAGCGCAGGAGGGCGCCGCGGGCGGGAGCCAGCAGGUGGUGAUGCGGUGGCGGUACGGGGACGUGGGCGACAGCAACUUCGCGGUGCACGGGCGCGCCGUGCCGCUGCUCGUGGGCCUGCUCUGCGCCGUCGUCUUCUUCGUCGCGCUCUGCCUCUACAUCCGCUGGCGGUGCCACCGGUACACGCCCGACCCGGAGGCGGACGCGUCCUCCUCGUCCGCGGCGGCGGCGGCCACGGCGUCGCUGCCCGGCCUCGACGCCGACGCCAUCCGCCGGUUGCCCUUCACGCUGUACCGCCCGCCCGCGUCGCCUCCGAAUGGCCUCCCGGGUAAAGGCGACAACGGCGGGGACGGGGAGGCCGACGAACACGCGGCGGCGCUGUGCUCGAUCUGCAUCAGCGCGCUGGUGGCCGGCGAGGAGGUGAGGGUGCUCCCGCCCUGCGGCCACUGCUUCCACCCCGACUGCGUCGACCUUUGGCUCCGGUCCCAGGCCAGCUGCCCGCUCUGCCGAUGCCUCCUCGCGGCCGCCAUCAACGGAAGCGACGACGCCGUGUGAGCAGCUGUUUGGUUAAAGUAGCACAAAAAUUUUGAUCAAUAAUUAGGGGUAUUAAAUAAAUACAAUUUAUAAAAUUAACUCCACAACCCUACGCUACUUUGCGAGACGAACUUAAUAGGGUCGUUGGCCGAACAAUUAGAGGAUGGUUACAGUAACAUCACUGUAGCCAAUCAUCGAUUAAUUACUGUCAUUAUAUUCGUUUUGAAAAAUUACACCCAUUGUGAAAAAGUUUUCCAAAUAAACUUUAUUUAGUACUUCAUACAUGUGAGAUUUUUUUUUUGGGAAUUGUGUGCGCUACCGUGCUACGCAAACCAAACAGUGCCUGAAUCAACACCUGACAGAACGAAGCAUCCCCAUGACAAGCGGACCCCAGCUGUCAGCGUCCCCCCAAGACCCGGCCUUUGAAUCAGCGCGCCAUUUAAUGAUGGUCGCCGCAAUGACCGCGUCAGAUCUACUCGUCGUGAGUGCGCUUGUUAAAGAAGCAUGUGCCCUGUUUAAUUGCAUUCAAAAUUCCAAAACUUUACAAGAUUUCUCGUCACAUCAAAUUUUUCAACACAUACAUGAAAUAUUAAAUCUACACGAAAUAAAAAAUUAAUUAUAUAGUUUGCUUGUAAAUCACGAGACGAAUCUAAUAAACCUAAUUAAUCUAUGACAAAACAAUAAUUAUUAAAUACAAAUACAAGAGGCGCUGGUUUAUUUAGGGCCUGGUCGCCAAUGGCGUCGGAAGAUGCAGUGCGUGUGGCCUGGCCAGCUGCCCUCCGGUCAGUCCCCGGAGCUCUUUGGAGGCCGGCGUGGGGUCACCCCUGACCUCGCCGGCCGCUUUCCUACUGCUAGUAGCUUUCUCCGAUCACGGCUCUCCAAUGCAGGGGAAAAGUUGUGUAGCAUGUACAUAGCUUUUGAGUAUUUAUAAGCAGAGAGAAUUUUAACCCCUGCGGUGGUGGUUCAGGUGGAAUCUGUGUUAGCGUAACAGCUGCACUGGCACGGGCAAAACGCCCUUUAAUUAUAGUUGUCAAGCUCUCCGGUACUAUGUUGCGCCUCCUUUUGUUUUGAUUCCACGGAGCACAGUCCAUACAUGUACGCUUUUGUAAAAGUGGGUUUUGCAAAUAUCUGGAAUUUA